AUGGUAGCUUGGAAAGCAUACCUAGUGAGGAAGAGCAUUGUACGUGGAAGGUGGUUUCCGGAGAGAGUUGAGACGAGAGUAUCCCAAUCUGCUGAGAAGCUUGACUGGAGUAGCUUCCUGGUAAGAGCUAUCCAGACCUCCUUCGAAGGAGGUAUAACUUUUAACCCUCGACUCAUAUUUGUUUUCCAAGUACCUGCCAUUAUCAUUGCUUUCUUAGUCUAUGCAGUCUUCCAUGAGGUAGAAGAGAGACAUGAUGGCGGUAGCGGUAUGCGCGUGCUUGAUCUCCACCACAGUCAAUUACGGCAAUAG